CCAGCCUCUAUCAGGCCCGCUUUGGGCAUGGUCAACGCACAAUGCUGCCCCUCUAUCGCGAUUCGAUGCGGGUAUGGCUUGGCUAAGCUUUACGUUGUCACAGCGACGUGGGUCUGUCUUAAAUACAUAUCUCGACUCAGAGCAGCAACUCGUUCCCCACUAGCAUCUCUCCCUACCACAUACAUCUCUCGAUCUCUAUAAUUGCCUCGCAUACACGACCGCUGCUCAUCAGUACUGGUACUGUAAGCUCCCUCUGCUCAGUGGCCAUGACGCAGAUCCUUACUCGACCUACCACUCUCGAAUCGGCUGCGACUGAACAAGCUCUUGGACUCGAGCGACGUCACAUGCUAGAACGUACCAGGCCUACCGACGCGUCUACCCCGAGCCUGCGUGAGCUGUUCCAGCAGCAGCAACAUCAACUCGACCUCGUCGCUGCAGCUUCGGCGGCUGCAGCUGCCUCUUCGACGAUGUCAAACGCCACUACCAAUGGCAAGAGCCAGGGUAACCGUGGUAGCCAGAGGUUCAGCCUGUUGCGCUUCAACAAGGCUAGUCCAAGCACAGCUGCCCCUCCCGCUCACUUCCGCUACGUCAAGGCCAAGAACAGCAAUGUGGCAGGUGCAGCACCAGAAGGCAUGAGUGUGCCCUUCACCUCCCCUGCUGCUAUGUCGGGUUCAGCGCCUGUCACACCUCCCACACCUACGAGCACAUUCUCAUCCGUCGAUGGCUCCUCGCCAGACACCCCACCACUUUCCCUUAGCUCUACUUCCUCACCUGCUCUGUCCACUCAGAGUCCUGCACUGCCCAUCACCAUGGCUAAGGUCUCGUCUCCACCUGAGCAGAGCGUGUUCGAAUGGUCCCCCAACAAUUCGCCAAAGCAUCUCAGGUCCUACAUGACUGAGUUCCUAGGAGCCGGAUCUGCACACGCCAACGCCAAGACGUCGGCACGAAGCAGACCAAACACUCUCUCUGCUCAGCCCAAGACUAGUCCGGCGCCAGCAGUGAAGAAGGAGGAGUCGGCCUCCGGCUUCGACACUGCCAAGAGCCGCAAUCGCAAAGGGAGUGUCUCGGCCAUUUUCCUCCCCGGCGAUCUGCCCGCAGAUUUCCUGGCAGCAUCGAGGGACAUGGAAGUGGUUGCAAGGAGAACUCGAAGGAUGUCCUCUGUGGACACCACCGGAGGUAGCGAUCUGGAAAGCUGGACGCCUGCUCGCAGCAACUUGAACGCCAUCCCGCCAACUCCUCCGCUCAGACCAAAGUCUACUGCUCGCACCGUCUCUUCAGCUUCGACGCUGACCCUCAGGGAUAGCAACAUUCCCUUGCCCGUCUUCGGCGGCACCACCCUGCGAGAGCUGAGGAGGCGCAACACAACGCGCAAGCCUGAUGGCCUGAAGGUCAUCGUCACACAACGGAGCCCUAGCGGAAUGUCAGAGAGCACAAUCACAGCGCCCACUGUACCCCUGACUAUUACUGCGUCGUCUUCCGACAACGCCAUGGUGGACGGCCGAUCAGCUGGCUACCGCGCUCUCUCACCCACGGUACCUUCUCGCGGUGGAUCUCUCUACCUCACCAAAGGACGCGAGAGCAAGAGUCGUUCGCCAAACGUGCCAGCAUUCCCUGCACGUCGCGACAAUCUUUCGCAGCAGUCAGACACCGACAGAGACUUCUCUCGCGUGGGUGAUGGCUUGCUCUUCUCUUCGUUGGAUGCAGGACUUGCACCAGCUGCGCAAGUUUCGCUUCCUCGUUUCUCCAAGUUCUUCGACCUCAGCAGCGAGAUCAUGGAGAGUCUCCAGAGCGCCCAAUCCCCUUCUACGGUUUCUCAGUCGCUUCGUCCCCGAGCUAGCACUGUCUCCUCGGGCUGCAGCGAGUACGGUGGCUUCGCCAUUACGACCUCUUCUCCCAUCAAGAGUAGGAAGAACAGCAUCAUCGCCCUGCCCGAUGCGGACUGGGAAGGUAGCUCGCGAGCCUCGAUGAUGCUUAUGAGGAACAGUGCCACUGCCCUGCGCCCACGACGCGGAUCUAUUCUGCAGCGACUGAAGCUGGAGGCGACAAUGUUCCAAGCACCCGGAGGAGCACGUGAGGGAGAAGGAGGAAGGAAUCGUUCUGACUCCGUGCCUUCUGUCUACUCGAUGGCUUCUGCCGAGGGACAAUCGGUAGCCGAGGAGGCGGAAGGGGAAGCGAUCGGGCUAACGCAGGACGAGGAGGAGCCAGUCUACUCCGCUCCCAUCUUCCACCUGCCCGAAUGGCAAGGCACAGCCGAAAACCCCUCGGGGCGAAGGUUGAGUCUCUAUGCCACCCCUAUCACCGACGCGACCUAUCGAGCUGGUCUGCGACACUCGCGUCCUUCCUUGGCCUCCAUCUGGAACUGGGACGAAGAGAUGGCCCGGAGUGUGCAACGCGAACCGCGCGAAUCGCGCUUCACCCAGGUCACAACUGCUGAGAAUUUCGCUCUCUCGACGUCUUGAGCCGAGAAGGGCUCCACAUUGGACCCACUGCCUGCGCCUUUUUUUGCGGCGCUGAGCGGCAUCAAGGCCGUCGUGUAGAGCGGCCAUUGGAGGAGGGAAGAGGCUGAGAGGAGGGAAGUUUAAGCUAGAUCACUUGUAUUCUACUGUCCAUAGCAACGCGCCCUCUACACUAAUGUAUCAAUACCUCACACAUACACACACACUCCCCAAACCGUCUGUCU